AUGGAGAAAACUACAGAUGUACUUCUUCUCACUACGAAUUCUUCAGAGAAGCAAGACACUGUAUGUAUUUUUGGAACUGGAGAUUUUGGACGAUCACUGGGACUUGAAAUGCUCCAAUGUGGUUAUUCUAUUGUUUUUGGAAGUCAAAACCCCCAGAUGUCCAGUCUGCUGCCCAACGGUGCAGAGGUCCUGAGCUACUCAGAAGCGGCCCAGAAAUCUGACAUUAUAAUCAUAGCAAUCCACAGGGAACAUUACGAUUUUCUCACAGAAUUAACUGAGGCUCUCAAUGGGAAAAUACUGGUCGACGUCAGCAACAACCUGAAAAUCAAGCAGUAUCCGCAGUCGAAUGCAGAGUACCUUGCUCAGUUGGUGCCGGGAGCCCACGUGGUAAAAGCAUUUAACACCAUCUCAGCCUGGGCUCUCCAGUCAAGGGCACUGGAUGCAAGUCGGCAGGUGUUUGUCUGCGGAAAUGACAGCAAAGCCAAGCAAAGAGUAAUGGAUAUUGUUCGUAGUCUUGGACUUACUCCAUUGGAUAAAGGAUCUCUCAUGGCAGCCAAUGAAAUUGAAAACUACCCACUGCAACUGUUUCCAAUGUGGAGGUUCCCCUUCUAUUUGUCUGCUGUUCUGUGUGUAUUCUUCUUUUUCUACUGUGUAAUAAGAGAAGUAAUCUACCCUUAUGUUUAUGAAAAAAAAGAUAGGACAUUCCGCCUGGCUAUUUCUAUUCCAAAUCGUGUCUUUCCAAUAGCAGCACUUACACUGCUGGCCUUGGUUUACCUCCCUGGCGUUAUUGCGGCCAUCCUGCAGCUGUACCGAGGUACAAAAUACCGCCGAUUCCCAGACUGGCUUGACCACUGGAUGCUGUGCAGAAAGCAGCUUGGCUUGAUAGCACUGGGAUUUGCCUUCCUUCAUGUCCUCUACACACUUGUGAUCCCUAUUCGUUAUUAUGUACGAUGGACAUGGACCAACAGAACCAUUGCCCAGGCAAUAGCCAAGAAAGAAAGUCCAUUUAGUACCUCUACUGCCUGGCUCAGCGAUUCAUAUAUCGCUAUGGGAAUGCUUGGAUUUUUCCUGUUUGUACUCCUGGGAAUCACUUCCUUGCCAUCAGUUAGCAACAUGGUCAACUGGAGAGAGUUCCGAUUUGUCCAGUCCAAACUGGGUUAUUUGACCCUGAUCUUGUGCACAGCCCACACCUUGGUGUACGGCGGAAAGAGAUUCCUCAGUCCUUCAAGCCUCGUCUGGUAUCUUCCUUCAGCCUACGUGAUAGCACUGAUCAUCCCUUGCACGGUGCUGGUGAUCAAGUUCAUCCUCAUCCUUCCAUGUAUAGACAAGACCCUUACACGGAUCCGCAAGGGCUGGGAAAGGAACCCAAAAUUCUCAGAAUCAGCAUUGAAUGGAAAAACAGAUAUUUAA